AUGUUCUGCCGCAUCUCUUGGUGUGAUUGUCGGAGUUGUCUCGCCCGGUUCGAGAACUGCUUCUUCAAUUUCCUGGCCAAUAGCAAGUUUAUGAAAUACAUGGAUUACUUUAUAAAGCACAUUCUCGGAAAGGUGAGUCUUUAUUAUUUUUCCUUCUUGGUUUAGUUUUAUCCACGUUCACGAACUUAUUAUUUUCGUCAAAUUUUUUUAAUUUUUCAAGUAAUUUUGUUUGUCGAAUUUUGAUUGAUUUGCAAUGCCAAGUUUUUCUGGUCGAGUAUACAUUCCAGUGGCUUAUAAAGAGGCGAAAUUUUGGAAUUUACUUCGCUUAGGUUCCCGAUGUCUUCUUACUCCGGUAAAAUAAUACUUUCGUCGUAUUUUAUUAGUGGAAGGCUUAUCUUUUUUGAAUGUUUCAGAUCUUGGUGGUCCUUGUGUAUGGCAUUAUGUUAUUCAUCGCAUUUGAGAUUGCCUUUAUCGCUCUUCCAUACGAAUCUCUUUACAAACCCAAAUGGAUGGUCAUCCUCUUGGUAUUUGUGGCUGCGUAUUUUAUAUUUUCGAUAUUGUAUUACUACUAUAAGGCCAGUAAAACACCACCAGGGUCGCCAAAGAAGGUAAGUUGUGGUGUUAUAUUAUCUUAGAUAAUAGUAGGUCUAAAGUAAGGUCGAUAGCAUUGCUGGUUUGGUAUUUAUUUUUUAUUUUUAGAGAACAGGUACCCCCUUCUGUUAUCGAUGCCAGAACUUUAAGCCUUUUAACGCUCAUCAUUGCCAUAUCUGUGAUAUUUGUGUAUUGAACAUGGACCAUCAUUGUGUGUGGAUAAAUCAAUGUGUGGGUGCUCAGAAUCAUCGGUACUUCCUGCAAUUCAUUGGGUUCUUGACUGUGGGAUGCUUUUUGUUUGUGGUAGUCACCUUCCCAACCUUCUAUCACAAUUAUUGGAAUGUAAGUUUACAUAUAUCCAAUUACAACAUUUUUUAAAAUUUUAGAUUAAAUACGAUACCUUCUGUAAUCGUCUAGAGUUGGAUUAUCUUCCCUGGAAGGAGAACUUUUGUAUAAAUGGCCAAGAGUUUGUGAUGACAUCCGUUUUCUUUGCCUAUUGCUUAGCCGGAGUUGUUUUCUUCUUGGUCGGGGGUCUUUUCUGGUGGAAUUUCUCUUUAAUCUCAUCGGGACAGACUUACAUCGAAUUUUUGGUAUGUUUAGUAUUCUAUUUUCAUUUGUUUUUUGUAUUUUAGAAAAAUGGAGAGCGACGCGGAUGUAUGCAAAUGGUCCUUUGGCCAUUUGGCGCUACUCAUUUUCGAAGGAAUUGGGAGAAUUUCCUUGGAUUGAGAAAUGGGAAGACCUUCUGUCGCAAUAUACUUCUACCAUCUAGCCAUCUCACCUACACGGACGAAGAAGAUCUGGCCAGACUCACGAUUGUCUAG